AUGCCUACUCCUCUGCUGGCUCUACCAUACAGCCCUCCGCUGCCCAUCACUUCUUCCACCCCGAGAUUUUUCGUUGCGUCAGUGGAUGGGUGGACCCAAUGGUGCUACCUUCCAAGGCCCACUCGGAGAUUUCCCCCACUGCACCAUCUCCCGCCACUGGUGGAUCGAUGCGACCAUCCCUUCUCCACCUCCUGGUGGCGCCAACUAUCUGAGGACAUUCAGACAGCCACUAUCCGCAACACACCGGUCUCCUACUGGUUCGUUGUUCCCGAAGGCCCCCCGGGACACACGCUAGACGCCCGCCUCCCGACCAAUGGCUUCUCACCAUACCCUCGGGCCAGCUCACCCUACGUAGCCCCCUUCUAUCUACCAUGUUUCCACCCCCCAAUGGGGAAGAUCAGCACUAGCAACGCUGUUACCAUUCACAUCGAUAUCCUUACCACCGGGGCCACGCCCGGCUCCCGGCCUCAACGACAUACCCACCCAAUUCUACCAACAGUUCAAAGACUUACUCUCCUCAUUGCUCAUGCGACUCUUCAAGUACAUCCUCCAAGGCGCCGCCCCCCAGCCAGCUUCAGCGAGCCCGACGUCAUACUCCUUAAGAAAAAGGGAAACAACACCAACGUCCUAGAUACCGCCCCAUUGCGCUACUCAUUUCAACCCCGCUCUGCUACGGUCCCCCAAACGGCCGGCAUCCGCGAAGGCUGCCCCCUCGCAAAUUUUCUCUUCAUCCUUGCCAUGGAACCCCCCCUGUUGGCUUCCCUUCAGGCACAUGCAUACGACCACGGCAUACUCAUUCUCCACGGCUCAGGGUUUCGGGGUUUCGCCGCCACCCUUUCACUGCUCUGUAACGACUCCGCCAUCUAUAUGCGCCACCUCCGCUCCAUUCCAUGGGUCUUAAGCCUCCUACGCUCCUUCAGGGACAUGUCAGGCCUGCAAAUCCAACUCCGAAAAUCUUUCGGAUUCUGGCUCAACACAGCCCACUCGCUCGAUAGCGUCCACGGCAUACCUUUCAUCACCAGCAACACGCAAGGACGAUAUCUAGGCAUCCAGGUCGGUCUGGGCUCUCUCGCAAACGUGAACUGGGGUGCCUUCUACGGUCACAUGCCUCCAGACAGCAAAACGCACCAGAAGGCUACCCGAGCUCUAAUCCUCAAAGCAAGGACUCAAUCCAAGUUUAUCUUUCUUACAUCAUACAUCCCCGGCCUGGACUGCCUGCUUCGAUCAGCUGCCGCGUUCCCCCCUAUUUCCCCAGAGCUCAUCUUCAACGCGUCACGGGCUCCAACGGACUACCACGCUCGAUAA